GCUGUGAUAAUAGCACGCUACUCUGGGGCUGUCAGUGUGUGCUCUGUGACAAACCUGCGGAACCUUCUGGGAGAGUCACCUGAGUUCCUGGCGGGACCCCCACAGGUCUCAUCCCUGUGCACUGAUCAUGGUUUCCUUGGCUUGGAAUGUGAGACUAAACUUACAUCAAAGAAGUAUCCAUGGGAUGGGCAUAUCACACAAUCUGAAAUAAAUAGUGAUGAUGAUGAUGACGAUGAUGGUGAUGGUGGUGAUGCUGAAGAUGUUGAUGCAUGUGAAGACUCUUCACUACUCAAUAAGAGCUCAGCAUUCAUCCAGUCAGCAGUAUACAUGGUGACAGAUAUGGAACGUUUCCAGCCUAGGAGGAAGAGACCCAAAUUGUGCCAUCGAACCUACAGGCUUUUGGGUCUAAAGAGUACAACUCCUGAAGAGCUGUAUGCUAGAAAGAUUGACAAUGAAGAAUAUGGAGAAGCUCUAGCUUUGGCUAAAGCAUAUAAUCUGGACUGUGACCUUGUGUAUCAGCAACAGUGGAGAAAUAACAAAGUAUCAGUUGCUACGAUUCAUGAUUAUUUGAGCAAGGUAACUAAACACAUUUGGGUGCUAAAGGAAUGUGUGGAGAGAGUGCCUGAAACAUUUUCUGCAGCCCGAGAAUUACUUCAGUUUGGUCUUCAGGAAACUGACAUUGAAACAUUCAUCUGUGUUGCUGAUGGCAGGGAUAGAAAUGUUGCUGAAGAGUCUGAAGGUAUGGCUGGUAAUGCUGAGGUCCUUAACACUGAUACAGAGGAAGAGAGGCUACAAGAUAGAAACAAAUUUCUCCUCUCAGAGGUAGCAAUGGAUAAACUGACUUCUGAACAGCUGGAUUACUUAAGAAACAGGCAGAAGCUACUGAAGUAUUUUGACAGAUUAUGUACAUAUGAGCUUAUUAUGGGAGGACCACAUAUGGCCGAAGACUUGUAUGACUACACUUUCUAUGAUAAGUUUCGCACUGUAUCACUGAUUACAUCUACUGUCAAGUUUGCUCAUGAAGGGAAUUGUAAAGCUGUAGAAAUCAUGUUUACAUACCAUGGAGAUGUUCUUCUGCCACACUGGCUUCCUGUGCUCUCCAACUUUCCUGAGACUAUGGAUCCAAAUGAUUACAAAUCUCUGCUCCCAGCAUGCACUGCUAAUGGGAAUGUGAUUCCUUGGAGCCAGAUUCAACUGAGAGAACAAGACUGGUGUGAAGAAGCAGACUUUCAGAAUGAGUCUGAUGACUGUGAUGAUGACUUUAUAUAUGAAGAGGAUCAAACUUUGAAGUAUUUUGCUUGCAAGAAGGAAAGUGUUACAACAGAGGUUCUAACUUCAUGGUACACUGGUAGAGUGCAUCAGAUAGAAAGUCGAAGCUGCAUGGUUGACCAUGCUGUCACUCUUAUUAAGCUUGCCAGAGAGAGAAGUGUCAUGGGUUUGGACCAUUUGUAUCACCAACUGUUGACUCUAGAUGCAUUGGUAUAUGAGGUCCAUCUGGAGGAUGCCAGGUUGUCUGAUUUGCAGAAGAUGUCAGACCUUGAUAUAUGCAAACUUCUGAUGUCAAAGUCAGUAAAAGCAACAUUCAUUGAUGACCUAAAGCAUGUCUUACUGCCGUUUUUACUGCGCUGUGAGCAAGAAGCUGCAGGAAGCAGAAAACAAUUACUUCUUGAUUACCUGAAAGUUCUCAGCUCCAAGGACCUGUCAUUGCCACAUAAACUUUUUGAACAUCUGCAUGAUGAGCACUCGUGUUCAUUGGUGCCAUCGGUUGAAGAAAAAAUAUCACUUGCUUUAGAGUGCCUGUAUGCCUACCCUAAUGCUGAUCAACUUCAGAAAGCGUUUCACAUCCUGGAGUGCAUACCAAGAAGAGGAUUUGGUUUGCAGAGUUCUGCUGUGGCUGCACUGUAUGACAGACUUGAUGAUCUUGAGUGUGAGCUUCAUGCUGCAGAAGUUUUGGAUCGCAAUUCAGUAUCUAAACCUUUGUCAUUCAUUCGAGAUUGCAAGUCAAACCUAGAAAUGGUUCAGAAGCUAAUGGUUACACUAGCGAGGACUGUUGCCAAGAAGUUUCCAUCACCUAGUGAAACAGACUGUAAACAACUUCUUGCUGAUAUGUUAGAUCUACAGGCAAAUUAUUUCACAAUCAUUAAUAUUGAAAGUUGCUUUCAGAUUUAUGUAGCAAAUGUAUUGGCUUCUGGUAGCAAGAGGAACAUAGAAGAAGUUGGAAACAUUUUGCAGCGCCAGAACACAGGAUGGACAGAUACGAAGGUGUCCUAUCAUCACAGUGUGCAGCUUGUAUUGCAAGCCGCUAUGGAAUAUUUUGACUUAUCUGGUAGUGCAUCUGAUCCUGCUCUGGACCUUGCUAAAACAUGCCUGAACCUCAUCACUGAUGAAAAUGAGAAAAUUAAGGAACAGUUGGAUCUGAUUGCUGCACUGCAACUUCUGAGUGACUUUGGAAUCAACAUUCUUCCUCUCCAGGUGAGGUUGUGUAGUGAGCGACUGAGACUAGUGGAGAAGUGUAUCCACAGUAAGCCCAUGAGUUAUCGCAGCAUGCAGAGACUUCUGCAGCUUGCAGAUAAACUUCAUGUCUGUGGGAAUGAUGAACGGCAACGAGAGGGCCAGGUUCUAGUCCUUAUAGCUGAAGCUGCAUUGAAGGUGGAAGACUAUCAUUUCUGUGCAGAGAUAUGCCAGCAGCUGAUAACAAAAAGCCAUACCAUUGGUUGGCAAGUGGUACAGAAGUUGGGUCAGUGUCAGAAGUUUGAUAACUAUCAACUGCGCUGUGACCUCCUUGCCUUUGCUCUACUGUACUGCCCCAUGGAUAUGAUUGAGCUGCUUAUCAAUAGUAGGUCUUUCCUGCAAGUGCAGCUCCUAAAUGACAUGAUAUACAGCCAAAUGAAACAUGACACUGAGGCCACAGAUGAGGAAGAGUUUGCAGAUGCUCUGACAUCACCAGUUUCCCCAUGUAGAGAGUUCCCUGGUCAAGUGCAUAUUGUAAAAGACUGGACAGAAAUGACCAAAAAUGCAACAUAUGGACUUCUGAAAAAUAUAGGGAACAAGAGCUUCUGGAAAACUACAUUCAGUUGGAUGCAGAGGAACAUGUCAGAUGAUGAAAUAAUGGAAAGAAAUAGUCUCAUCUCAGCGCAGGGUUUCCCAGCGUUCUAUUCAUCACUUGCACCUGAAUGCCACAUCAGCACUUUCAGCACACAAUAUGACAAGUUUUCUGUGCCAGACAUUUCCAAUCCAAUUGUGCAGCUCAGCCAGGCAUUGCUUCGCACCAUCUUGCUGCAGGGUACAGCUUCAGAAGGGACAUACAGUGACUGUACUAAUGUUUUAUUGCAGCUUGCCGAGCAAUUUCUUGCUGAAGACAGCUGUUUGGGCCUUGGGCAUAUCGUCCCACUGCAGGAUCUGACAUUAUCCAAUUCUUGUUUCAACAGUAUGUCAUGUACAUCCAUGUCAUUGCAACUGGCUAUGUACUACUAUGCUAUUCAAGGUUACAAACUGCUACACAGUCUUCCAACAGAAGACAUGAACAGAGAACGAGAUCUUUACCUUUAUCCUCCAAAUGAGUUAGUGGAGCAUAUGUCUAAACUGGCAUCAAAAUAUGAAGUGAUGGAACUGUGGGCUCAGUUCCUACUGAAAUACCAAAAAUUACUAGUUGACUUCCAACAUGGAGAGCAACUAAUAGCUUUGGGAUGUGGUAUCGAUGUGCAGCGCUUCACGCAAGAUACACAGUACCAGCAGGACUCAAUCAUGGGCCUGGCCAUGACAAUUGAUACACAGAAAUUCUUCCUUGCUGUGAAGCUUGCAUCCAGACAUGGGGUUCCCCUUGCAGAAGUUGCAGCAAGACAUGUCACUUCAUUAUUACUAAGUACUGAAGGAGUUCAACUGUCAGAGCUGAUGGCACACCUUACUAACCCCCAGUUGACUGAACUUCUUAAGAACUCCACACACAUUGUGUGUGACAGACUGGAGCAGUAUGCAUACCCAGACAUAGAGGGAACUGAUCAUCAGUUGCUUGUGAUGUACUACUCUGUACUUCAGUCCAUUGCAGAAGAUUAUAAAACACACAGCUUAACACCCAAAGAACACAUUAAGAUACUUCGAAAAGUGAAGGCAACAUCACCUAAUCUAGAUUACAAGAAGAUGGUGGAUUCACCAGACAGUCUUAUAGAAGUUCUUUUGCCUGCAUUGGAAAGGCAUAAUGUUGGACUAAUGGCCAAAUUGCUGAAGAGUAUGCCAGUGUCGCUCAAGUGUACAGUUCAAGCAGGAGAACUAUACUCAGCUUGGGCUCAGAAGGAGUUUUUUAAGAUUCCGAACACCUCUGUUCCUGUAUCAACCAAAGAGUGGCUUGAACAAUAUGACAUGUGCACUGCACAUUUCAAUAAAAUGACAGCAGCAGAUAUUCUCAGUUUCAUUAAGGGGACAUGCUUCUCUGAAUGUGGUGUGGAUAUGAUCUCUUCAGAAUGCAGAAGAACCAUUGUUAAUAAUGCCAAAGAAUACUGCCAGGCGAAGCUGGUUUGUCUACCAGAAGAUGAAAAGGAUGAAUGGAAUGAUGCAGUAAGAACUCUGAAUCACUGGGUGGCACAUUUGGAUACUGUAACCUCUCUGGAUGCCUUAGAAUUCUGCAUAAGUUUGAAGCAACAAAGUCAGUGUGUCUUCAGGUUGUUUGAUCUGUCAAUUGGAGAAGCUAACCAUGUACAAGAACUCCUACAUUUGGGUGUGACAAGCGACAUACCAUUGGAUUCUCUAAAGAUGUUUAUCUCACUCUUACCAAUAUCUGAAAAAGCAUUAGAACACUGUCUUGGUAAUUUACUGAAGGAGGCUACUGUAAAAAUGAGUGAACCUGAACGAUCCCAGUUGCUGUCUGCAGUGCUGAAAAGGAUGCAAGAAAGUCUGGCAUGUGGCACCAUUGUAGUUCCACAGAAGGUGGAAGCAUUAUGUGAGGAUAUGAGUUUGACACCAGAAAUAAGGCUUCAGGCAUUAGAACUGCUGCAGAGCUUGAAGCCUCAUGAACUGAGAAGCGAUACCGUGCUGAUGUAUCGUCUAACUCAGGCGACUGUUGCCUCAAUGUGGGCACAGCCACCCAUUCAGCUGCAAGAAUCAGACUUCAAAACACCAGAGUCAUGUGUGCAUCUAUUCAGCAGGUUGUUGGAACAUGUUCAUACUUGGCAACAGAUAAUUAUCCUCAAGGAUCUCUUGAAUAAAUGGCUGCAGUUCCAGGAUAUAGAUAUCAGUGGUAAGACAUCUGCAAAUCCUUGGAUGCAGCUCAUAUACAAAAUGAUAGUUUUUGGAGAUAGAAACAUGGAUGAGGUGGAAUGUGUACUGGAAGAUAUUUUUCAACAUAACAUCUUCUCACCAACUAGUAUUGAGCAACUGGUCUCCAUGACUGAAGAAUCUACAGACCUCUCGUUACUGCUGCUUAUAUGUCUGCUGUCUAACCACUCAUCUUUGCACAUCACAGUUACAAGCCUCAUACAGAAACAUUUGUCUGUGGACAGUCCCAAAUUAAGCGAUCGGUUGCUGUCUCUUCUCCUCCAGAAGGGACUGGCUCCUGCCCUGAUUACAACUCCUGCUUAUUCACAAAUGGUUGAACACAUGUUGAUACAGUGUACUUGUGAUCUUCCAUCAUGGAACACGGUAGCCAAUCAGCUUGUGGCUGCUGGCAGUGUAGCUGAGGCAGGAACUAUGCUGCUUCUUCAUAUGGGAGUGUCACCUACUCUAGCUGUAUUCUCAAAUGCACUAGCACUUGCAAAAGAGACAUCCCCUGAAGAAUAAGAGGUAAAGGAGGGACACAACACUUAAAGGUAUUAAAAUAAAAUAGUGGUAGAUCGUUGUUAGAGUGACAUGUUAUGAAGCGAAUGUCCCACGUAUCCCUUCUCAAGUAUGGUCAUCAGAUGUUCUCACAAAUUAUAAAAAUAGUCCAACUAACAACAUUUAAUUCAUUAUGGAUAAAUGGCUCUGCCACGCAGAAAAACAUGUUGUGAGUUAUGGUUGGAACUGUUGUGCCAUAUACAUAUACAGAUUUUUGCAAAGAAGUUGCAUUUUUUAGUAAUUCCUUUUUCAUACAAAAAGCUUAUAUUAAAUUAUAGAUCUUAUCCUAAUACUCUCAUUUUUGGUAACACUUUUCCUUCCUUUUCAUUUUUCUGCUAUAUGAAACAGGUUAAGGCAUUCCAUACUGUUGCAUGCUGCCACCAAAGUGCACAGCGUGUGUGUGCAUGUGUGUGUGGGUAUCGGGGGGCACAUGUACAUGCAUAUAAGGAUGUAAUAUUGUUUUGAAGUUUAAAUUCUAACAUAUGAACAUAGGUUAAUGUACUUAUACAGCUGACUGACUCUGUAUAUGUGAAAUAAUUAAGUUUUGUUUCAAACUUGGUAAUUCUUUCUUGGCAUACUCUUAAUUAAUUACUGGUAUCAAAAAGGUUUCAUUAUAUAUCAAGUGGUAGAAGUUCAAUAUGUGGUUUGGAACACCCACAUUAAGAUGUUCCUUAAAGUUUGAGAUCUAUUGUCUUACUUUGGUUCAUUGGUUGUACUUUAUGGUAAAUAAUAUAUUUAAUUGCCCUGUUUAUACUUUUGUUACUGAUGAAUGCUCAGAAAUUUUCUGUUUUUAUUCAUAUAUGUGUGGUAUUGGUAAAGUAAUGUGGCAGAAUAUUUUAAGUUUAUUUACUGAUUUCUUGAACAAUAAUUGUUAUUAUAAAAAGAUCUUGUGUCUUUUUACUACACAAAUUUCCUGUUUUGCAGUUAUGAUGCUGACUAUUAGGAUUUACAAACCAGUAUCAGAAUAUUUUCAGCGUCACUGGUUUGGUCAUAAUCCAGAGGCAUUCAGUCCAGUUCACAUCCUUACAGCCUACUUUCCUAGAAUACAUUUUGAUAUUAUCCUUCUCAGUCUUUCAAGCCAAAAUGUGUAAAACAAGGGGAUGUUUUAUUACCAUUGCUAUUUAGCUUUGCUUUAGAAUAUGCCAUUAGGAAAGUUGAAGAAAACCAUGUGGGACUGAAAUCCAACGAGACACAUCAGUUUCUGCUCCAUGCUGAUGAUAUAAAUCUAUUGGGAAAUUAAUAUAACCACCAUGAAGAAACACACAGAAUCUCUAUUUGAUGCCAGUAAGAAGGUUGUUGAUUUUAGAAAUAAACAGCAACUAACUAUAUGUUGUCUCUUCACCAGAAUGCAGGGAAGUCAUGACAUACAGACAGCUAAUAAAUCCUUUGAAAAUGGGGCAGAUCUUCUGCAUGUGAAUUACAUGACCCACCUCCUCCUGCUUCAGCAAGAGUAUCAAUAAAAUUAGUUCAUUAUAUAACACCCUGUUGCCCCACAAUCUUACAAAACCAUUGAUGAUCAAAGCUCUGACUAACCCCAGGUAGAACAAUGGAUUCUCAGAUUAAUGUGUACAAGUUAUCACUCAA